AUGGGUAGUGGUGAUUACUACAAAAUACUAUUUAUUAUCAAGGAACAGAUUAAGAAAUCCUAUAAGAAUUUAUCAAGGAAAUUGCACCAUGAUAAGAGAAUUUCUGAGGCUGUUGUUAAUGUUCUUAGUGAUCCUAAUAAGCGUAGGAUCUAUGAUGUCUAUGGGAAAUAUCAAGUGAAUUUUGAAAAUGAUGAUGGGAAUAAUAUAGAAGUUGACGAAGGUGUUAGAGUUGUUGAAAUUGACUUGAAAUGUACGCUUGAGGACCUUUAUUGUGGUUGUAGAAAGAAGGUGAAUUUUAUAUGGACUUUUCAUGAUGAAUUUGGGGAGUUAAAGUCGGAAGAAGGAAUGUUGAAGAUAACCAUUGAACCUGGUUGGAAAAAGGGCACAAAAAUCACUUUUUCUAGAAAAGAAAAUCAACUACCUGGCUCUCCUCCAUUUGAUCUAAUUUUUGUGUUGAAUGAGAAGCUGCAUGGGGUAUUUCAGAGGGAUAGACGACAUGAUUUAGUAAUGACCCAAAAGAUAUCAUGUCUUGAUACGACUCUCAACAUAACAACUUUGGAUGGAAGAAAUAUCACAGUUGAAGUUACUGAUAUUGUAACACCAGGCUACGAAAUGAUCGUCUCAGAUGAAGGUAUGCCACUUGCAAGGGAUUCAAGCCAGAGAGGAAAUCUUAGAAUCAAAUUUGAUCUUGUGUUUCCAUCAAAUUUAACCUCACAACAGAAACACGAUGUAACAAGGAUUUUGAGUGAUGCUGUUUAUGACUAA